AUGAGUUGGAUCGCAGAGGUGAAGGGAAAGCGGCCUACAAAAAUAACACUAUCUUUGGCAGGAGAAAGACCAGACUCAGAGGAACCAGAGCCAGGGACGUCCAAACCAGCAAGACGACACCAGUGCUCCCAGUGUGAAAAGAGUUUUAAACAGAAAGCACAACUGAAAAAACAUAAGAGAAUACACACAGGGGAGAAGCCUUACCACUGUUCCCAGUGUGGAAAGGGUUUCAACCAGUCAGGGACGCUGAAACAACAUGAGAGAAUACACACAGGAGAGAAGCCUUACCACUGCUCCCAAUGUGGAAAGUGUUUCGGCCGUUCGGGGGAGCUGAAACUACACGAGAGAAUACACACAGGAGAGAAGCCUUACCACUGCUCCCAUUGUGGAAAGUGUUUAGUCCGUUUGGGGGACCUGAAACAACACGAGAGAAUACACACAGGAGAGAAGCCUUACCAUUGCUCCCAGUGUGGACAGUGUUUCAACCAGAAAGCACACCUGAAACAACAUGAGAGGAUACACAAAGGGGAGAAGCCUUACCACUGUUCCCAGUGUGGAAAGGGUUUCAACCAGUCAGGGACGCUGAAACAACAUGAGAGAAUACACACAGGAGAGAAGCCUUACCACUGCUCCCAAUGUGGAAAGUGUUUCGGCCGUUCGGGGGAGCUGAAACUACACGAGAGAAUACACACAGGAGAGAAGCCUUACCAUUGCUCCCAGUGUGGACAGUGUUUCAACCAGAAAGCACACCUGAAACAACAUGAGAGGAUACACAAAGGGGAGAAGCCUUACCACUGUUCCCAGUGUGGAAAGGGUUUCAACCAGUCAGGGACGCUGAAACAACAUGAGAGAAUACACACAGGAGAGAAGCCUUACCACUGCUCCCAAUGUGGGAAGUGUUUCGGCCGUUCGGGGGUGCUGAAACUACACGAGAGAAUACACGCAGGAGAGAAGCCUUACCACUGCUCCCAUUGUGGAAAGUGUUUCGUCCGUUUGGGGGAGCUGAAACAACACGAGAGAAUACACACAGGAGAGAAGCCUUACCACUGCUUCCAAUGUGUAAGGUCUUUCAACCAGUUGGGGGCGCUGAAACAACAUGAGAGAAUACACACAGGAGAGAAGCCUUACCACUGCUCCCAAUGUGGGAAGUGUUUCAACCAUUCGGGGAUGCUGAAACAACAUGAGAGAAUACACACAGGAGAGAAGCCUUACCACUGCUCCCAGUGUGGAAAGUGUUUCAACCGGAGAGGAAACCUGAAACAACAUGAGAGAAUACACACAGGAGAGAAGCCUUAACACUGCUCCCAGGGUGCAAACCAUUUGCCCAUCACAGUGCUCCCUUUGUCUUUUAUUGUUGACUGACAAUGUGUUUACCUGUCUUUACCAUAUGCAAUUAAAUGGUACAGGGUCUACUCAAACAUAUAUUUGUUUGUUUUUAUUAGAAAACAUGAAGUGAAUAUGGAGUCUGUCAGUUUGAAUAUAAAGAAGAUCAGGUUCCUUCUUUUAAACUGUCCUUUUUUUAAACUCUUUGUGUGUUUAUCUGGGUGUGUCAUUCCUCCAGCACUACAGAUAAUCAAGUGAUAUUUGGAUGUGAUGCAUUAGUUCCAUUGUUGACAUUUGCAUUGUUGGCCCACUGAUGAUUUAAUGAAAUGAAAAUGUUCAGACUCUGUAAUGGAAAAUGUUAAUUGUUUGUGUGUCCACAUAACUGAGUAUGUGACUAACCUUGUGAAACUGUCCUAUUAUAUAAGCUCCUGUUCUUGGGAGUAUCAUCCUGUGUUGCAAACCAAUUUGCACCUGUGUCCUUGUAUGAAUAAAGUCCCGCCCAGGAAAGGGAAACUAUAAAGAUAUUUGCUCAUCACCCAAUGCUUCAGGAAUUCAGACUGUCUACACUGUGCUGUGUAACUCUGUUAUUCUCUCUGAGCUCAGAAAUAAAGAAUCUUGGUUUGA